AACAUUCUAAAUAAUUAUAUCCAGAACAGAGGGUAAAACAGUAUCGUAAAAAAAGAGAGAAAGAAACGCCGUCGUCCUCCCCCUUAUCCCUGAAAUGUAAUCUAACCUAACAUAACCCUCGAGAAACAGUACCUCACUGCACCGAGCUCUAAAAUAAAAUAAAAUAAAAUCCCUAGAUUUUCUUCUAUUUCUUUCGGUUACCAUGCCUUCCUUCUCUCAAAAUCCCUAAUAAAAAAAUAAAAAUAAAUGGAAGGAGCCAAAGAUCCUAGAAACGGCGGCGAUUCGUCGCCAAAGCAGGUCUCCAAAAAACCUCGCACCAGUGGCCACAUAACAGACCUGGAAAUCCACGAAGAAUUCUCUCACCAUAAUCUUAACGUAGCCAGAAUUAACAACGGUAGCUUCGGUAGCUGCCCCGGAUCUGUACUCGCUGCUCAGAAAAACUGGCAGCUUCAGUUCCUUCAACAACCCGACGACUUCUACUUCAAUACUCUCCGAAAAGGAAUUCUCCACUCACGUACUGUCAUAAAAAACCUCAUCAACGCUGAUGAUGUCGAUGAAAUCUCCCUCGUCGAUAACGCCACCACUGCGGCCGCCAUCGUCCUUCAACAAAUUGGCCGUGCCUUCGCUGAAGGUAAGUUUGCUAAAAACGAUACCGUUUUAAUGCUUCACUGUGCUUACCAAGCGGUUAAGAAAUCCAUUCAAGCUUACGUUACGCGUGCCGGGGGUUCUGUUAUUGAGGUUCAGUUACCGUUUCCAGUUAAUUCGAAUGAGGAGAUAAUUGCGGAGUUUAAGAGAGGAUUAGGAAAAGGCAAAGCUAACGGUAGAAAGAUUAGGUUAGCGAUAAUUGAUCAUAUAACGGCGAUGCCGUGUGUUGUUAUUCCGGUUAAGGAGUUGGUUAAAAUUUGUAGAGAAGAAGGCGUGGAGCAGGUUUUUGUUGAUGCAGCUCAUGCUAUUGGCAGUGUUGAUAUAAAUGUUAAAGAAAUCGGGGCUGAUUUUUACGUUAGUAAUUUGCACAAGUGGUUUUUUUGUCCGCCAUCAGUUGCAUUUCUGUAUUGCAAGAAAGCGAGUUUGGAAUUUGAUGUGCAUCAUCCGGUUGUUUCACAUGAGUACGGAAAUGGAUUGCCGAUUGAGAGUGCCUGGGUUGGGACUAGGGAUUAUAGCUCGCAAUUAGUGGUGCCGGCGGCUUUGGAUUUUGUUAAUCGGUUUGAGGAUGGAAUUCAUGGGAUAAUGAAGAGGAACCAUGAGGAGGUUGUUAAGAUGGGGAAAAUGUUGGCGGAAUCAUGGAGGACAAAUCUUGGUACUCCGCCGGAGAUGUGUGCAGGAAUGAUCAUGGUUGGUUUGCCUUCAAGAUUGCGUGUUUCAAGUGAAGAUGAUGCUUCGAGGUUAAGGUCGCAUUUGCGUGAGUGUCAUGGGGUUGAGGUUCCAAUACAUUAUCAGGGUUUAAGAGAUGGUGAGGAGGGGGUGAAAGAUAAGGAUGGUGUUAUAACAGCAUAUGCAAGGAUUUCUCAUCAGAUUUAUAACAAGUUUGAGGAUUAUUGCAAGUUUAGGGAUGCUGUAAAUCAUCUUGCUGAGAAUCGACAGAUUCGCAGAACUAUCUCUCCAGAGUGAGAAGUUGGUGGUGAACAUUGGAGCCGCCUUGAUCAAAUAAAAUUUGGAAGACACCACGUAGAAGAUUAGUGUGUCUGCUUAUUGAAGCCACAGGAGUUACCUAGUAUUUCUCGACUGAGCUGCCACUUUAUGGCUCCUUUUAUCUACAACUGUAGAUAUGGCAAUAAUUUUAUGAGUGUCAGCAAUUCACUCAGCAAGUUUUCUGCCUUCAGCUGAAUUUAGCUCUACUUUCCCGUUUUCCUGCAAACUCUGUCGUGACAUCCUGUGUUGCUUCAUGUAUAAUUGCAGGUGUGUGGUUAAUGUUGUUAAAACCACGCAAGCCUCGUUAAAGCAGCAUUCUUCUUCUUCUUUUUGUUUUUUUGCACCCAUUUGUGUUGGACUGAAGAUAUGCACUUCCAAUAUGAAUAACAUAGGUUGCACGGACCAUGUCAACCUCCAC